AUGAUUCUAGCUCCCUCUUUGGCGCCGGUCACCGGCGCUGGCGCCAGUGCAGCACCUUCAGGCCGACAGCUGAGCGCGGCGCGUGCACCGGUGCUGCUAACUGCGAGUGCUGCGAUCGCGCACGGAGCAAGACGUGUGGCGCGCGUGGCGAGGGCGUCAACCAGCAGGAGCACCUUCUGGCGCACCGCUGCGCUGGCGGGUGCUGCCACCACCGCCGCUGGCGCCAAGGGUGCUAAGGCAGAGGUCCAGGUGGUGCAAGGCAUCCGGCGGAAGAAGCUGGGCUUCAGCGAUCUCUACGUCUCCGAGAUGGGCCUCGGCACGCAGCGUUGGGGCAGUGCAGAUUUCAAUGGACCAGAUGAAGCGCUUUGUCAUCGGAUGAUGGACCGGGCCAUUUUGGAAGGCGGGGUGAACUUGGUCGACACCGCCGAGCAAUAUCCCAUCCCCUCGGAUGCUUUGCGGCCGGAGGGGCUGACGGAAGAGAUCAUCGGCAAGUGGGUCGCCAAAGACAAGACGCGACGAGAUAAGAUCGUGGUCUCCACCAAGAUCACUGGAGGGUUGAAUGUGAAUGCUCAAAACAUCCGAGAUGAUUUGGACGCCUCUUUGAAAAGGUUGCAAUUUGACCAUGUGGACCUUUAUCUGACACACUGGUCUUUUCGCAUGUCCCAGCCGCAGCAGAAUUGGGGUCAAUCGCUCCAGUACCGCCCCACUUUGGAGAAGAUUGCGCGACGUGAAGGGCAGGCCACCUUUGAGGAGGUGGUCCAAGCCAUGGACAAGUUGGUGAAACAAGGCAAGAUCCGUGGCUGGGGCUGCUGCAAUGAGAGCCCCUAUGGCGCCACACGCCUUGUGGCCACGGCCAAAGCCAUGGGUGCCACGCCGCCCUGUGUCUUUCAGAACGACUACUCCAUCUUGAAUCGAAGAUGUGAAGAAAAUGGUCUCUUUGAGAUGUGCUCUCCCUACAACGAAGAUGUAGGCUUCAUGGCCUACAACGUUUUAGCUGGUGGAGUGCUCACCGGCAAGUACCUGGACGCUCCGGCCGCCCCCGAUGAGCCAAACCCCAUGGCCAGCUUUGCCAGGACCACCAGCCCCAGGGGUCGUAUGGACGACCUCUCGUGGGGCCCCACCUUGUACCGCUACCGCUCCGCUGCCGCGCUGGACGCCACCAAGCGCUACGCGGCGCUGGCGAAGGAACAGAAGAUCCCCUUGACGGAGCUGGCGCUGCGCUGGGCCAAGCAGCGGGGUGGGAUGACCACCGCGUUGGUAGGACACACCUCCAUGGAACAACUGGAGGAAGAUAUGCGUGCCAUGGCCAAGCCAGAUGCCUUGCCUGAGAAGUUGAUGUGGGAGAUUGACAGAGUUCACAUGCGCAACCGGCUGCCAAUUUUCUCCUCUGAGAGGACAGAUGCAUCCUCACCCAACAGUGGUGAAAUAGGGGAACCAAUCCCGUGA